UCUGUGUCUGGCUGUGUCAUACAAUCUCAUCUCUUUCAACUUCAAUACCCCAAAGCUCCUAGCAAUUCAGCUUUCCCAGUUCAAAUUGGUGCCGAAUCAACAUAGGUAGAAAGUCAUGGGGCACAAAGCAAAAUCCAAAGAGCGGAAAGAGAAAAGAUUGCAAGAGAUAUCUCUUCUCAGGACCAUUCCAUAUGCUGAUCACCAGAGGUGGUGGUCUAAGGAAACAAUUGCCGUGGUCACGGGAGGAAACAGAGGAAUUGGGUUCGAGAUCUCUAGACAACUUGCUGAUCAUGGAGUAACAGUAAUACUAACAUCAAGAGAUGCUAGUGUUGGCGUUGAAUCGAUUAAGGUCUUGCAAGAGGGUGGUCUGCAGGAGGUGGCAUGUCAUCAACUUGAUAUUCUAGAUAAUUCUUCAAUCAACCAAUUUUGUGAGUGGUUGAAGGAGAAUUAUGGUGGCUUGGAUAUUCUCGUAAACAACGCCGGUGUUAAUUUCAAUCUGGGGUCUGAUAAUUCCGUUGAAAAUGCUAGUUUGGUCAUUGAAACAAAUUAUUAUGGUACCAAACGUAUGAUUCAAGCGAUGGUUCCAUUGAUGAAGCCAUCCUCUCUUUCGGUUGAGUUUGACUGGUGUUCGGCUGGACUUGUUGUAUCACAGGUUCCGGUUGGGUCUGAGGCAUCCCGUACAGGUAGCGCUCUUGGUUGGUCAUGA